GCUUCUCGCUCGUCCUCUGCUAUUCCUAGACCUCUUCCACCAGACUCCUUCUGGCCUCUCCCUCCUUAUUCUCAUCCUUCUCUUGUUCUUUCCCCGGUUAUAAACAUCUGUCUCUGGACAGAUCGAUUUUCCUCUUCUCCUCCCCGUCUCCCCUCCUGAUUUCUCCCCCUCACCACCUCUCGUCAAAUUCGCCGCAAUGUCGUGGAAAAUCACUAGAAAACUAAAGGAAACCCACCUCGCUCCUUUGACCCAAACCUUUGGGCGGUCCUCCUCCACAUCCACCAUCAAGGGUGAUUCUGGCGAAGAAACGCCUGUGGCCUCGCAAACACCUUCUAUCUCACCCUCCAACUCGAACGGGAUCAAUGCCUCGGAAUCGUUGGUCUCCCCGCCCGUGGCCCCUGUCAAGCCCGGUAUCUUGAUUGUCACUCUUCAUGAAGGUCGAGGCUUCGCUCUUUCGCCUCAUUAUCAACAAAUUUUCAACUCCCAUUUCCAGAGCAACAAUGCCUAUGGCAUGCGUCCCAGUUCAUCAUCCUCCCAUUCUGCCCAUGGCCAAGCCGGCUCCUUCGUACAAAGCGCACGUCCGCAGUCGACAAGCGGAGGCAUAAACGCUGCCCCCACCAUCCAUGGUCGCUACUCCACCAAGUACCUUCCUUACGCCCUUCUUGAUUUCGAGAAGAACCAAGUCUUCGUCGAUGCCGUGUCUGGAUCGCCGGAAAACCCCCUUUGGGCGGGCGACAACACCGCUUACAAGUUCGAUGUCUCGCGCAAAACGGAACUGAAUGUUCAGCUGUAUCUCCGCAAUCCUGCCGCUCGCCCAGGCGCCGGUCGCAGUGAGGAUAUUUUCCUCGGUGCCGUCAAAGUUCACCCUCGGUUUGAAGAGGCUUUGCCUCAUGCGGAGGACCCAAAGAGCAAAAAGGAUAAUAAGCAGCCGCAAGAACGUCAGCUUGGUCAACUCGGGGCAGAAUGGUUAGAUCUCCAGUUCGGCACCGGGUCGAUCAAGGUUGGUGUCUCUUUCGUCGAGAACAAACACCGCAGCAUGAAGCUAGAGGACUUUGAACUCUUGAAGGUCGUCGGUAAGGGUAGUUUCGGUAAGGUCAUGCAGGUCAUGAAGAAGGAUACCGGUCGAAUCUAUGCCCUCAAAACCAUCCGCAAAGCUCACAUCAUCUCCCGGUCAGAGGUGACACACACCCUUGCGGAAAGAUCAGUUCUCGCUCAGAUCAACAAUCCUUUCAUUGUUCCUUUGAAGUUUUCUUUCCAGUCACCGGAAAAGUUGUACUUUGUUCUAGCCUUUGUCAAUGGAGGUGAGCUGUUUCACCAUCUCCAGCGGGAACAGCGCUUUGACAUCAACCGUGCUCGGUUCUACACGGCUGAACUUCUCUGUGCUCUGGAAUGCUUGCAUGGAUUUAAGGUCAUCUACCGUGACCUCAAGCCCGAGAACAUCCUUCUCGAUUACACUGGCCAUAUCGCGCUGUGCGACUUUGGUUUGUGCAAGUUGGACAUGAAGGACGAAGAUCGGACGAACACGUUCUGUGGUACGCCCGAAUACCUUGCCCCGGAGCUUCUACUUGGCAACGGAUACACUAAAACUGUCGACUGGUGGACAUUGGGUGUUCUUCUCUAUGAGAUGUUGACGGGUCUCCCCCCGUUCUACGACGAGAACACGAAUGAUAUGUAUCGCAAGAUCUUGCAGGAGCCUUUGACUUUCCCUAGCACCGACAUUGUCCCUCCCGCUGCUCGAGAUCUCCUGACGCGCCUGCUCGACCGUGAUCCUCAGCGUCGACUAGGUGCAAAUGGUGCUGCGGAGAUCAAGUCACACCACUUCUUCGCAAACAUCGACUGGCGCAAGCUGCUCCAGAGGAAGUAUGAGCCAAGCUUCCGGCCCAAUGUGUUGGGUGCUCGCGACACCACCAACUUCGACCGCGAAUUUACGUCGGAAGCCCCACAGGAUUCUUACGUCGAUGGCCCUGUUUUGUCGCAGACAAUGCAGCAGCAGUUUGAAGGUUGGUCUUACAAUCGUCCGGUUGCUGGUCUUGGCGAUGCUGGUGGCAGUGUCAAGGAUCCCUCUUUCGGAAGCAUUACCGAGUAAGAAGAUCCCUGCCUGCUACCACCAAACAAGGUCUGUUUGGUGGGCGUAAGAAAAACACAAUGUGACAACAAAAUCUGGCGAAGAAACUGUUUGAAACAAUCUCUUCGUCUUGUUCUCUUUUCAUCGGCAUAUCAUGCCUUGCGAUGUA